GUACCUGUCUUCAUUUUCACGACGGACCAUGGAAUAAGUUGACUAUAAAAUGAUGGGGGAUAACCAACAACCAUCACAGUCAUUUCAUUCUCUUCUGACUGUUCACUACCUGAUCUUCUAUUCACAAAUCAACAUGAAUAUUGCCGUGCUUUUAGCGUUCAGUUUGGCUUGUGCAGUGGCUGCUCCGGCUCCGGAACCCUACGUAAGCACGUCCUCUUUCGAUUCCACUUCAAGGGGAAUUCAAUUUUCGUCGGCCAAUGCCAAAAUUCUCGGUCAGAUUAAUCAGCACAAUGAAGACGGCUCCUACACUUUUGGUUACGAGUCUGAAGAUGGAUCCUUCCGCAUCGAGAACAGAGACAUCGACGGAUAUGUAAACGGCAAAUACGGCUACGUCGAUGCUAACGGCCAAGUCCAAGAGUUUGAAUAUGCUGCCGGAUCGAUGAACGGACAGGCCAUUGGAUAUCAGGCUCGUGGAACGGCUAUCCCUGAAACUAACCGCGCCCAGGCAUUCCCAGUCAUGUAUCCACCUGCUUCCGCAUCAGUGGGCCAGAAAUACCAGGACUAUGAAUAUUCCAGCGUUGAUGACGACCGCGACGGAUUCCCCGAUAACAUUUUCCACGGAUCAUUCGGCACCCGCAACACGCUACCAAACGCCGUCCGUUUGACCGGUACCCAGGUCCACACUUCGUUCGAAAAUCCAUCGAAUGUUGUUCGCCUUACAGCUCCGACUCAAACAUUCAUCGAGAACACUCCAUCCAACAAUGUGCGCUUGACCGCUACGGCCACACCGAAUGUCGUUCCUGUUGUCAACACUGUUCAAGUCUCUCAACAGCAGAAACCUUUCGUUGUCCGUUUGACUUCUCCGGCCGGAAAUCCAUCCAACAUCGUCCGCUUGACUUCUUCUGGCCAGACAUCUUUUGAUAGGCCAACACAAGCAGUUGUCAACCGCGUCCAACAGCAGCAGAAACCAUCUGUUGUCCGUCUAACCUCUCCGGUUCAAACGUCGGUCCAAAAUCCUUCAAAUGCUGUCCGUUUCGUGAAUCCAGCCCAGCAGGUUUCGAGCCAGCAGCAGCAGCAGAUUGUCAAGUUGUCCUCGCCGAAUAGGCAGACCGUCAUCCAGCCUUCUAGAUUCUCCACCGGUGGUUACCAGGUGGUAAAGCAGAACGUUCAGAGGCAGCCCCAGCAGUUUGUCCAAGAUGCUGGGCAAUCCGUUUACCAGUCUCCGUACUACUCCAGCUACGGUGGACAACAAUUCGUAUCUCGUAAUCCAGUUUACUCUUCCGGAAGACUGAAUUCUUUCCUCGGGGGACGCUUUGUGGUUGGAGGAAACAACCCAAAGCCCAUCACCAACACCUUCGCCCCGUCAUCAACCCAGCAGCAAGCUAUUGUCAUUGACAGUGAUGACAUUGACGACUUGAACGACUUUGAUGAUGACUUGAACGAUUUCGAUGACGACGAUUUCUUCUCUGCCGGUCUUUCGUCCGUUUUUUCCGGUUGAUUUAGCAAUCGCUUCAUUUAUUUUUCAAAUGAUUUUCCCAUUAACUUUUGAGGACUCGAGCGACUCUUGACGACGACUUUGGACGAUUUUAAAACCUCCUCUAUUUUUUAGCAAAGAUUUUUUUUCUGGCGUUUCACUUCGAUAUUUUUUCCUAUUUUUGUAGUCCAUGUGUUAUAAGGCAUGUAUGAAGUAGUUGAGACGCAAAAAUACAAGUAGAAUGCGCAGAAA